AUGGCCACCAUACCAGAACAACCCACCACCGUGCUCCCGGUCGACCUCAUGGAGAUGCAACUCUCGACCAUCGACCUCCUCACAGCGAUGUACGUCUCCCCCGAGGAACUCGAGAUUCCCCCGGCCUCGGCCGAGUGCCUCGAGAAGCUGCGCGCCUGGUGCGAGGACCCCAACCCCACCAGCGCGCCGUCCGGCAUCCCAUCCAGCAUCUCGCUCUACAUCUCGCUGCCCCUCGCAGACAGCGACAAGCGCUUCCAAGUCAACCUCACGAUCCCACUACACUGCGACCAGCGCGGUGAAGCCCUGGACCAACCCCCACCACCGACCUACAGCCUGCGCCCAGACUGGCUCUCCAAAGCCGAGGUCACCAAGCUAGCGGCAGCCAUACCCGCAGACGCAGACGUAUUCGAGGCACUAACCCACAUCCAAGAACAAGCCGUCCAGCUCCUAGCCUCAGCCCAGCCAGAAGCUUCCCCAAACUCCCCCUGGCCCUCCGAGUCCGCUGCGCGCGGCCCGCUGGUGCGCGUCUGGUUCUACUUCCCAUCGCUGUCGACGCGGGCGAAGCGCGACGACCUCGUGAACCACGCGUCCGAGUACGCGCUGACGGGGUUCGUGCUGGCCGGGAAACCCGGGGUGCUGUGUCUCGAGGGCGCGUCGGCGGACAUCGACGCGUACAUGAAGUUCAUCAAGACGCACUCGUGGGGCGACAUCCCCAGCCACCAGAAGAAGGUCAGCGAGCGGUUCCGCGAGACCGGGGCCGCGGUGCAGCGCGUGUUUGCGGGCAUGGAGGAGAUCACGGAUUCGUUGGGCGAGCGCAGUGGGCAGCGGGCGAAUCGGGGGGAUAUGCAGGCGCUCGAGCAGUGGCUUCAUGCCAGGGGGUUGGGGGAUGCGUUCGAGAAGGUGAUUUUUUGA